AUGUCAAGACGUAGGCGUUGUGCUUUUGAUUCUGAUAAUUUAGAAGAGUAUAUGCAGGUAUAUAAACAUAUAAAAUCAGCUUGCCACUAUUGGAUAAAAUUAGACUAAUCUCUUUUACGAUGACAAAAAAUUAAAAUGGAUUAAUGGAUUAAAAUAAGUAGAUGAUACAGAAUACACACCAAAAUAAAUAGAAGGAUUUGAACAUGGUCAUAGUCAAAAUGAUUAUAUUGAUACUUCUGAACUUCCACCUGAUAUUCAUUUGAAAUCUAGUGAUGAAGUUAUUACUCAUCACAUUAUGAUACUAGGAGAUAUCGAUGAAUGUUUAAAACAAUCCCUAACUAUGUUCUGUAUGCAAAGUCGUAAAAAUAGCAAUGAAGAUUUUAAUGAAGAAUUGAUAUCUCCUUUGAAAAAGUAAUUAAAACUACAUAAGCCUUAGUAAAUUAUGUCUUGAUUUAGCAAUUAAAAGAAUUCAAGAAAGGGAUGCAGUUCAUAUGAUAAAGUUUCUUAUGCAUGACACAUCAAUUUCUGAUUAUGCUCCAAUUANAUAAAUAAAUAAAUAAAUAAAUAAAUAUAUUCAUAUUCUUAUUGAAGAUAUAACCAAAAAUAUUAAUAUCGGUUUCAUAGUUUAAAAUAUCUGA